AUGGACACAGACAGAAUCGUCUUCCCGCCGCCACCAAUGAUGUUUCCUCCGAUGGAGCAUCCUAAGCCUCCAGUUCCGUACAUCCCCGGAUGGAAAUUUGAUGCAAAAUCUCACACUCCUCCACCUCCGACUCUGGUGGCCAGAGACUGCUGCAUCAAUAGUGAAAGCGACAGAACCGAAAGACAGCACAUGGACCCAGUCGAUCGAUGCUUAAAGUGGCCCCCUUUGCCUGGCAAAGAGGGGGAUGACACUAUCAGCCUUGAGAUUAUCGACAUCCUAAAGGGAGGCGAUGAGCACAACUCCCAGGUAUUCACUGUCCAGUUGUCAUCGUCAACGUCUCCAUUACCUCCUCGCAAGGGCACCAAGCUGGUUGCAAAAGUAUACGACCCGGUCUACUUCGAUGACGACGAGGGCUAUCUCAACCAGUUCGCCUGCAUGGACAAGUACUACACUCAUGAGGCAAACGCGUAUCCAGUGCUUCGCGAGCUGCAGGGUCACUCGAUCCCGAAAUACUAUGGAUCUUACUCCUUAUACCUACCUACAGAUGGAGAACAAACACGAACCGUUCGAAUGAUUCUGAUCGAGUACAUUUCGGGAACUACACUUGCAAACGCAGACCCGAAGUCCUUCCCCCAGCCAGUCCGUCAGCACAUCAUGAAAUCAAUCGUAGAUCUCGAAAGUCGGAUCUAUGAAAAGGAUCUAUUGCUUUUGGACGUCGAGCCACGAAAUGUCAUCAUCCGUUCGCCAACGAGCGACCAGCCUCACCCUCAAGUGGUAUUUUUUGACUUCGCCCACGCCCUGUUCAAUCGGAGACGAGACGAUCCCAUUGCGCUGAAGGUUAAUUCUUUCCUGGGAGAGUAUAUAUCUCCCAUUUUGCGGUGGAAUGAACGUAGGGAUCACGCAUUUCCGUUUUCGGAUUGGAUUGACUGGGACUGGGACAGUUGGUUGGGAGUAGAGUUUGCGCAUACAGUUGCAGGGAUCACGCCAGAGAUGCGAGAGCGAUGGUCUGAUAUUUACUAG